AUGGCCACUGAUAAAUAUGAUUUUAUUAUUGUCGGCGGCGGCACUGCCGGCCUCGUCAUGGCUAACAGACUGACUGAGGACAGUAACGUCCACGUUCUAGUGCUCGAAGCGGGUAAAGACCAGACCUCAGAUCCCCAAGUCACAACACCACUCCUAUACCCCACUUUGAUGGGCUCCGACGCCGACUGGGACGCCGUGACAGAGCCGCAGGCCGCCCUCCGUGGCAAAACUAUCAGGAUCCCCUACGGUCGGAUUCUUGGUGGAAGCAGCGCUAUCAAUGGCCAACUCUUCCUUGCUACUUCAAAAGUCAAUAUCGAUGCUUGGGGCGAACUAAGCCUAGGAUGGAAUUGGGAUAUUCUCGCUCCAUAUUUCAGGAAAUCAUUCACUUUGUCUUGCCCACCUCCAGGCGACCCCGUUUACGACCACUUCUACUUAGACUACAUCGAAUCCAGUGUUAACGGCACCGACGGGCCUAUUAAGGCCAGUUUUCCCUCAGACAUCGACAAUCCGAUCCCAAAAGCAUGGAUUGAGACAAUGCGCUCCCUCGGCCACGGGUCUAGUGCCGACCCCUUUUCGGGGAACUUCACCGGCGCAUUUACAAACGCAGCUUCUAUCGACCCUCUGACCCGCCAAAGGAGCGGCGCCGCCUCAGCAUACUGGGAGCCAGCAAAAUACAGGAAGAACUUGACUGUCAUUACUGCAGCUCAUGUCCAAAGGGUGAUCUUGACGGGUGACUCCCCAAACGUCAUUGCAACGGGUGUCGAGUACGUCCAUAACGGCGAAAAUAAGACAGCCAAUGCAGAAAGAGAAGUCAUACUGUCUGCGGGAGUGAUGCAUUCGCCUAAAAUACUCGAGCUUUCCGGGAUAGGAAAUCCUGAUAUCCUUUCUUCGUUUGGCAUUCAUGUCGCUGUUGCGAACAAAUCCGUAGGGGAGAACCUUCAAGAUCAUCCAAUGACUGGCUUAAGUUUCCAGGUCAAAGAUGACAUUAAGACUGUCGAUGACCUCCUUCGCCAAGACCCCGUUGCCAUGGAAGUGGCGAUGAAGCAAUACGAGGAUUCAAAGUCUGGACCUUUAGCAGUUGGUGGUGUCCUUUCAUAUGCUCUUCUAGGCCUUCAAGACGCUUUCGCCAAGCAGAUUCAAGACUCAGGUAGAUACUACAGCAGCCUCUUUCAGAACCCUAAAGAGGCAACGGUAACUUUCUGCGCUCAGGCCUCGCAGGGCAAUUUUGGCGCCGAAGCCGGUUCCUCGCUUCUAAACGCCAAUUUCUUACCUGGGGGUUAUUGCACAAUUGCCGCAUUCCUUCUACAGCCCCUGUCGCGUGGCUACGUUCAUAUCCGCAGUUCAAACCCCUCUGAUCCCGUCAAGGUCGAUCCUCGAUACCUCACCCACCCCCUUGAUAUCGAGAUGUUUGCGCGUCACAUGACGUACAUUUCUACAAUCGUCUCUACAGAACCCUUUGCGUCGCUUUUGAAACCUUCUGGUCGCCGGAAUGCUAGCGCACCCGCCGAUAUCGGAGAUGUAGAGGCUAUGAAGGAAUACAUCACGAAAACUACACUCAGUAGCUGGCACCCGACAUCCACGUGUGCGAUGCUGCCUCUCGAUAAGGGCGGUGUCGUCAACGAAAGACUCAUUGUUCAUGGAACUCAGAACCUGAGAGUUGUGGACGCAAGUGUGUUCCCACUUACUACACGGAGCAACCCAAUGGCCACAGUAUAUGCAGUUGCAGAACGGGCAGCAGAUCUGGUAAAAGAAGACCUCAAGGCUAGGAAAUGAGACACCAGGGACGCUUUGUAGAGUAUCAUGAAGAAAGAAACCCGGAGAUAAUCAAAAUAUAACACUACUUACACCAG